UUUGAACAACAUUUUUUCUGUUUUUGACCCCAUUGACGAGCGAGCGAGAUGUUCGAUGGUGGGUUUCGAGAGUAAGCCGAAUAUAAGACAAUCCCUGACUAGAAUACACUAAUUCCCACAUCCAAACAGCCCGCGAAGGACAUCAUUUCUACCCCAAUCCAAAUCCCACGUAUCUCGGCCCACAACUCGUCUCUCUUUCUUUCACUCUCUCUCUCUCUCUCUCUGUCUCUCUACAAAGAGAGAUGAACCGCGACCUCAGGACCAUCGCAUCUCUCAGCUGAAACCCUAACAAAACCUGCAAACGACGCUACCUCUCUCAAAUCUUUACCAUCGCUUCCUUCGCUUCUUUGUCACAGUUCGUCUUGUUCAUCGCACUAUAUGCUUCCUAGAAAGAGAGAAGUGGGCGGAGAGGUUGUAGUAAAAGAAGAAGGGGAACCAAACUACUCCACCGAAUCUCCGAUCAAGAAGCUUCGCGCGGCUGCAAACACAGACGAUUCUAAGAGCAACGACUACAAAAACAAUACCACCAUUGACAACAGCAACAACAGUAGCAAGGACGUCAAAGUGCCGAUCAUGGCAUUGGGCAAUGGGAACUCGAAUGACAUCGAUGAGGAUCUCCACAGCCGACAGCUCGCCGUGUACGGCCGGGAAACUAUGCGCAGGCUGUUUGCCUCCAACAUUCUCGUCUCUGGGCUGCAGGGACUUGGCGCUGAGAUUGCAAAGAACCUUGUUCUUGCCGGUGUCAAGUCUGUGACCUUGCAUGAUGAUGGAGUUGUUGAGCUGUGGGACUUGUCAAGCAACUUCUUUUUCUCUGAGGCUGAUAUUGGAAAGAAUCGGGCCCUCGCUUGUGUCCAAAAAUUACAAGAAUUAAAUAAUGCUGUGGUCAUUUCGACUUUAACAACUGAACUGACCAAAGAGCAACUUUCUGAUUUCCAGGCUGUAGUUUUCACUGAUAUCAGCUUAGAGAAAGCAAUUGAAUUCAAUGAUUACUGCCAUAAUCAUCAACCUCCCAUCUCUUUUAUAAAAUCAGAAGUACGGGGCCUUUUUGGCAGUGUGUUUUGUGACUUUGGCCCUGAGUUCACUGUUCUUGAUGUUGACGGUGAGGAUCCACAUACAGGCAUUAUCGCAUCAAUUAGCAACGACAACCCUGCUCUCAUAGCAUGUGUUGAUGAUGAGAGGCUUGAGUUCCAGGAUGGUGAUUUGGUUGUGUUCACUGAAGUCCAUGGAAUGACUGAGUUGAAUGAUGGAAAGCCGAGGAAGAUUAAGAAUGCAAGACCGUACUCAUUCACAAUUGAAGAGGACACUACAAAUUUUGCAGCAUACGAGAAGGGUGGUAUAGUCACACAGGUGAAGCAACCCAAGGUUUUGAACUUUAAGCCUCUGCGGGAAGCACUCAAGGACCCUGGUGAUUUCCUUCUGAUUGACUUCUCCAAGUUUGAUCGUCCACCUCUCCUACACUUGGCAUUUCAGGCACUAGAUAAGUUCAUAUCAGAGUUGGGGCGUUUCCCUGUAGCUGGAUCAGAUGAUGAUGCUAAAAAGUUAAUAUCAUUGGUAACUAACAUCAAUGAUAGCUUAGCGGAUGGGAGGCUUGAAGAGAUUGACCACAAGAUUCUUCGUCAUUUUGCAUUUGGUGCUAGGGCUGUGCUGAGUCCAAUGGCUGCAAUGUUUGGUGGUAUUGUUGGACAGGAAGUUGUGAAGGCCUGUUCUGCGAAGUUUCAUCCUCUUUUCCAGUUUUUCUACUUCGAUUCAGUUGAGUCCCUUCCGUCGGAAACCUUGGAUCCUAGUGAUUUGAAGCCUUUAAACAGCCGUUAUGAUGCACAAAUUUCAGUAUUUGGAGCCAAGCUUCAGAAAAAGCUGGAGGAUUCAAAAAUGUUUACUGUCGGAUCGGGUGCACUAGGAUGUGAGUUUUUGAAGAAUUUAGCAUUAAUGGGUGUCUCUUGUGGAAAAGAAGGGAAGUUAACGAUUACGGAUGAUGAUGUCAUUGAGAAGAGUAACCUUAGUAGGCAAUUUCUCUUCCGAGAUUGGAACAUUGGGCAGGCUAAAUCAACAGUAGCUGCCUCUGCUGCUGCAUUGAUUAAUGGUCGUUUGAACAUUGAAGCUCUGCAGAAUCGUGCAAGCCCCGAUACUGAAAAUGUGUUUGAUGAUACUUUUUGGGAGAAUUUGGAUGUUGUUAUCAAUGCUCUAGAUAAUGUGAAUGCAAGGCUUUACAUCGACCAAAGAUGCUUGUAUUUCCAGAAGCCACUUUUGGAAUCAGGAACACUAGGUGCCAAGUGCAACACGCAGAUGGUCGUUCCUCACCUGACUGAAAAUUAUGGAGCUUCACGGGACCCACCUGAAAAACAAGCACCCAUGUGCACAGUUCAUUCAUUCCCUCACAACAUUGACCACUGUUUGACAUGGGCUCGAUCUGAGUUUGAGGGUUUACUUGAGAAGGUGCCAGCUGAAGUAAAUGCCUAUCUGACCAAUCCUGCUGAAUACACUACUGCGAUGAUGAAUGCUGGUGAUGCUCAGGCCAGGAACAACUUGGAAAGUGUCAUUGAAUGCCUGGACAAGGAGAGAUGUGAGACAUUCCAAGAUUGCAUAAGCUGGGCCCGUCUAAAGUUUGAGGACUACUUUGUUAACCGUGUGAAGCAGUUAACAUAUACUUUUCCUGAGGAUGCUAAAACCAGUAGUGGGACCCCAUUUUGGUCUGCCCCCAAGCGUUUUCCUCGUCCACUGCAGUUCUCUGUUGAUGAUCUCAGCCACCUUCAAUUUAUAAUGGGAGCAUCUAUACUACGAGCAGAGACAUUUAACAUUCCAAUUCCUGACUGGGUCAAGUCUCAUACAAAGUUUGCUGAUGCUGUUAACAAAGUGAUAGUACCCGAUUUUCAGCCCAAAAAAGAUGUGAAGAUUGUGACAGAUGAGAAAGCUACAAACGUUUUACCGGCAUCAAUUGAUGAUGCUGUGGUCAUCAAUGAGUUAAUUGUGAAGUUAGAAAAAUGCAAGGAGCAGCUGCCACCUGCCUUCAAGAUGAACCCCAUUCAGUUUGAGAAGGAUGAUGACACAAACUAUCACAUGGACGUAAUAGCUGGAUUUGCAAAUAUGAGGGCCAGGAACUAUGGCAUCCCUGAAGUCGACAAGCUGAAGGCCAAAUUCAUUGCAGGGAGAAUCAUUCCUGCAAUUGCAACAUCUACUGCUCUGGCAACUGGCCUUGUCUGCUUGGAGCUGUACAAGGUUCUGGAUGGAGGGCACAAGUUGGAGGACUACCGAAACACCUUUGCCAAUCUAGCCCUUCCUCUGUUCUCCAUGGCUGAACCAGUACCUCCUAAAGUCAUCAAGCACCAAGGUAUGAGCUGGACAGUAUGGGAUAGAUGGAUUAUAAAGGACAGCCCAACUUUAGAACAGCUCCUUCAGUGGCUCAAAGAAAAGGGCUUGAAUGCGUACAGUAUCUCUUAUGGGAGCUGCCUACUCUAUAACAGCAUGUUCCCUAGGCAUAGGGACCGCAUGGACAAGAAAAUGGUGGAUUUGGCUACCGGUGUGGCUAAGGCAGAGCUGCCUCCAUAUCGGAAGCACUUUGAUGUGGUAGUGGCGUGUGAAGAUGAAGAAGAUAAUGAUAUCGAUAUCCCGCAGAUCUCCAUUUACUUCAAGUAGGCAUUUCGGUUGCUGAGCUAAUCAAGCAAAUGAGAAUGCAAUGUUUAGAAUUUGAACCCUAUAUCUAGUUUUAAGUUCAAGUUAAUAUAAGCAAACAGAUUCUCAUGUGUAUCCAGAUAUAUGUUUAGAGCAGUGUCGUCGAUUGUCCAAAAUUAUCGUUUGUGGUUAAUCCAACGCUCAGUCUGUCUGUUCCUGCCGAAUUCGGGUUCAUAUGCUUAUACCUUCAAAUAUUGCUCGUUUAUUUCUGCUAAUAAUAAUUUGAGACAUGAUAAUGAAGUGUGUUCUUUGAUCUUUUUGCUUA